AUGAACAAGAAUGAUAAUCCCAAACAGUCUAAACUGAGUCUUACUACUGCCCCAAAUCACAAUAGCAACAGCUCUUUCAUUCCCCCAAAUCUCAAGGUCCUAAGCUAUAUCUCUAUAACCCAGUUAGCGGUUAGACUAAUUAUCGAGAGAGCAAGGAAUCCUACUAUUAUCAAUAUUCGCCCCAACAAGAAUUCAAAUCAUAUCAUAUUAGAUGAAAUCUCCCGACGAGCCCCAAACCAGAAGCACAGGAGUCUCUCUCCAAAAAUCAACCCUCUAGAACACGGACUCAAGGGAAGAAUUAAGAGCCUUUCAAAGUCCUCAUGGGACAAAAACACAAUCAAGUCUAUGAGAGUUCAAUCCAGCGAAAUAGAACUCAGUAUUAGCAGAACCAUCAUUCCUGACAGGAUUGACCUGAGCCCCCUCAAACAGAAGAGGAUACAGGAGUCCAGCAUUAAACAACAGAGUGACUUCACUCCCACUGGAUGA